GUGUGUGUGUGUUUGUUUCUAUGCAUUUAGUUUCGUUUUCUCUGUACUUUGCCUUCAGAAGUCAGUUUGUGUUUCCUCUGCCUUGCCCUUACAGGAACACAGUCCUCAAUAUCUGUGGAAACAAGCCAGCUCAGGAGCUGAGGCGGAGUGUGUUCAACUUUGACAAGAUUCAGCAGUCGGAAGACUGUCCCUGUGAGGAUCCUGUGACACAGAAACUGGGGGAAACAACAGCACCUCCAGCACCGCCUGUACCUCUGACACCCCCAGCACCUACAGUCCUUUCAGCUCCUUCAGUUUCUUCAGUUACAAACGAGUCUGCGCAGGAAGCAAAGACUGGAGGAAAGAGUUCUCCAUCAAGCAGCAUGAACAAGAGGGAGAAGAAAAUGACCAGUUCUCUUCAGCCUUCUGGGGAGAAGGUGUCAGGAAAGGAGGGGAGCCCCGUGGACAAACUAUCCAGACUCCAGCACGAGGUGUUCACGCUCACUGAGGGGCUCAAGUCACAAAAGGAGCUGGUGCAACUCCUUCACAAGGCCCUGGAGGCAGCAAAGCAGGAGAAGAGGACCAGCAAACAGUUCCUGGCAGCAGCAGGGGAGCAGGAGCGGCUGGAACUGGUGCGGCACAAAGAGAGGUGUAUCGCGGACCUGGACGGCCGCCUGGAGGCCCUGCUCAAAGACAAGGAGGAGCUGGAGCAGCGGCUGGCCAUGCAGGACUGCCAAGUGAAUGAGCUGCAGCAGCACGUGCAGCUCAUGAUGGAGAAGAACAACGCCAAGCAGGAAGUCAUCCUCAAGCUCUCCGAGCAGGUGGCCGCCUGCAUGGCUGACCCCCAGCGUACCGUAGCCAACUCCAUGGGCACAGAGACCUUCUGCAGGCUGCAGGAGAAGAUUGAGCACCUCAAGGACGAUAUAGAGGCGCACAAGAUGCAAAACAAGUUCCUCAACUCUGAAAUCUACCAGCUUACUAAGCUGUGGAGGAACAGUUCAGAAGAGGAGAAGGGCCUCCUGAUGAAGCUUUAACCACAAAACCACAAUGAGAUCUGUGAUUUCGCCUAGAGACAUCUCUGUCUGCACUAAGAAGCCAAA